AUGGUUGCUAUUCCAGGAGGAGUGUUCACAAUGGGCACUGAUGAGCCUGAAAUCCAGCCAGAUGGAGAGUGGCCUGCUAGGAGAGUCCACAUUGACAGCUUCUACAUGGAUCAGUAUGAGGUCAGCAAUGAGGAGUUUGAGAGAUUUGUGAAUUCUACUGGGUACAUCACUGAGGCAGAGAAAUUUGGUGAUUCCUUCGUGUUUGAGGGAAUGCUGAGUGAAGAAGUGAAGGCUCACAUCCAUCAGGCAGUUGCAGCUGCUCCCUGGUGGCUGCCUGUAAAGGGAGCCAACUGGAAGCACCCAGAGGGCCCUGGCUCUAGUAUCUCCAACAGGAUGGACCAUCCAGUUCUUCAUGUCUCCUGGAAUGAUGCUGUGGCCUUCUGCACCUGGGCAGGGAAACGUCUGCCCACCGAGGCUGAGUGGGAGUACAGCUGCCGGGGGGGGCUGGAGAACAGACUUUUCCCAUGGGGCAACAAGCUGCAGCCAAAAGGUCACCAUUAUGCCAACAUCUGGCAGGGAGUGUUCCCAACUAAUAACAGUGCAGAAGAUGGAUACAAGGGAACUGCCCCUGUCACUGCCUUUCCUCCCAAUGGAUAUGGCUUGUACAACAUUGUGGGAAAUGCCUGGGAAUGGACCUCUGACUGGUGGGCUGUCCUUCAUUCAGCAGAUGAAGUUCACAACCCUAAAGGACCCUCAUCAGGGACAGACAGAGUGAAGAAGGGUGGAUCCUACAUGUGCCAUAAGUCCUACUGCUACAGGUACCGCUGUGCAGCCCGCAGCCAGAACACUCCUGACAGCUCUGCCUCCAACCUGGGCUUCCGCUGCGCCGCGGACACCGCCUGA